UACUCGAAUUAGUAUAGUACAGUUAUUUCGUGUGUUAAAAUCAAAGCAAGAAAAUCAAAGUGUUUCUAUAAUUCUUAAAUUGGAAAUAAAAUAAUUUAAAUUUGUAUAGUAAGAAAAUUAAGAAUAAUGUCUUUGCCAUUGCUAUUGAGUGUCCUCCAGGAUAUUGAAAAUUCGGAAUCGUCGAACUUUUCGCCAAUUUACGGAGGAGAUUUCGGACUUGGACUUCAACCACGUCACAUUCAUCGUCCUCAAACUCAAGCCUCGAUUCGACUUCCUCUAGCUGUAGCUUUAGCUGCAGGAAGACUCGGAGAACGACGAUCUGAGGGUAAAGGAGAUGGAGUAGUAUCGAAUAUUGGAAAAGAUGGAUUCCAGGUGUGCAUGGACGUUCAGCAUUUUAAGCCAAGUGAACUGUCGGUGAAAGUUAUUGAUAAUUCUAUUGUGGUUGAGGGAAAGCAUGAGGAGCGUGAAGAUGACCAUGGGUAUAUUUCUAGACAUUUCGUUCGACGAUACGCUCUGCCAAAGGAUUACGAUGCCGAUAAAGUAGUAUCGGCAUUAUCAUCUGAUGGAGUCUUGACUGUGAGCAUUCCAAAGCCAAAAACUGAAACUGAAAAACCUAACGAGAGAGUCAUUCAAAUUCAACAAACAGGUCCAGCUCAUUUGAAUGUGAAGGAAAACGGAGAGGAUAAGGCUGAGAAGGAGAGUGCCACAAAUGGUGACCAGUAAAUUUCAUUUGAAAUCAAUUCACGUUGACUAUGAAAAAAGAAGUUUAUGUUAUUUGCAAUAUGAGUAUUUAUAUAUUUAUACCUAAUAUAUUAUGUAGUAUGAAGGGUUCUUUCGAGAACCUCAUUUUGUUCUAGAAUUCAUAUUAUCGUAGAACAUACAAAAAUAAAUAUUAAUGUUUAAUGUUAUUUGUCUAUUAAAUAUAUUCUCUUACAAUUCCAAUAUUAAAUAAUGUGUAACACACUUACAUAGUAUCUAAAUAUAAUUUAUAUUAAUUAAGGUACAUACAAAAGAACAACAAUAUGGAUGUGGAAUCUUAGAUAAUAAAUAUAACAUUGAUGUUUAUCAAAAUAAUAUAA